UGAGUUCCCUUUGAGAAGAAGCCAUACUCGACCGAGAUGUCACGGCACCACAGCCGAUUUGAAAGAGAUUAUCGCACUGGGUGGGAUCGCCGAGAAUGGAGCUCCAAUGGGAAUCAUGUGAACAGCAGUAACUGUAACAGUACAGCGAGCAGCAACUGCAACAACAGACCUGGGCUGUUGCCUUUGCCAAUUGUUCCCUCUCGACUACCUACUCCAGCCACGGCUGCUUGCACCACAGUGAACAGCGACGUGAUAACGAGCCUUGUGGCCAACUCAUCCGCAGGUUCAACUACCAAAACGCCUUGCAUUUCCAAGACUGAAAAUCAGCCUCAAGGACUUGCAACUAGUGUUAGGUGGGGACAGACACCCAUCAAUCAGUCUACACCCUGGGACACAGAUGAACCACCCUCUAAACAGAUGAGGGAGAAUGAAAACCCAGGUACAGCACCAUGGGUUACAACAGUUGCAGCCGGUAGCCAGCCAACUCUUAUAACUCAUUCAUAUGGAAUGACUCAGCCUCCAACCUUCAGCCCAGCAGUGAACGUCCAGGCCCCUAUCAUUGGAGUUACACCCUCACUCCCUCCUCACGUUACCCCUCAGCUUCCAUUAAUGCCAGCUCAUUAUCAGCUUCAACAGCAGCCUUCACAGCCUCUGAAUAACAUGGUUGUGAACCUGCAAAGCCAGCCUUUGUACACUAACAGCCAGCCGAUCAUGUCCUCUAUGACUGGGGUCGGUCAGGUGACUCACCCAGGCCACACUGCAGUAGGGAAUGGUCAUAUGACUUGCCCUAUUCUGCCUCCACCACCACCUGCUCUGCCUUCAGCUGCCCUACCCAAUAGUGUUCCAGCUACCAAUGGGCAGGCUGCUCCUCAGCUUCCUCCCAACCAGACGGGCAAUCAGGAGACCACAAAUGGGGUACAAAUGCUACGGACUAUUGGCGUGGGAAAGUACGAGUUCACAGACCCUUGGCAUCCAAAAGAAAUGUUGAAGGAGUUGAACCAGCAACGCAGAGCGAAAGAGUUUACAGACCUGAAAAUUAUUGUUGAAGGCAAAGAGUUUGAAGUCCACCAAAAUGUUCUAGCUUCCUGCAGCUUGUAUUUCAAGGACCUGAUUAAAAGGUCACCACGAGACAGUAGCAGAGGCGGGGAGAAGCUGGAAUUGGCCAUGUCAAACCUCACUGCAGAAGUCCUGGAAUUACUACUGGAGUUUGUUUAUACAGGUUCUUUGAUCAUAGAUUCUGCCAACGCAAAAACUCUUCUGGAGGCUGCCAGCAAGUUCCAGUUUCAUACUUUCUGUAAAGUCUGUGUGUCAUUUCUAGAAAAACAAUUGACUGCCAGCAACUGCUUAGGAAUAUUAGCCAUGGCUGAAGCUAUGCAGUGCAGUGAACUAUACAACAUGGCCAAAGCAUAUGCCCUACAAAUUUUCCCAGAGGUGGCGAAUCAAGAGGAGAUCCUUAAUAUCUCAAAAGACGACUUCAUUUCCUACAUGUCCAAUGACAGCCUGAACACCAAAGCAGAAGAGCUGGUGUACGAAACAGUGAUAAAAUGGAUUAAGAAGGACGCUGCACUCAGAGCUCAGUAUGCUGCGGAGUUGCUGGCAGUGGUCCGCCUCCCCUUCAUCCAUCCCAGUUAUCUGCUAAAUGUUGUUGACAAUGAGGAGUUGAUAAAGUCUUCAGAGGCCUGCCGGGAUCUAGUGAACGAAGCAAAACGUUAUCACAUGCUCCCACAUGCCCGACAAGAGAUGCAGACACCAAGAACCCGGCCCAGGCUAUCAGCAGGUGUGGCCGAGGUAAUAGUCCUAGUGGGAGGUCGUCAGAUGAUUGGCAUGAACCAACGAGCUUUAACGGCGGUCACUUGUUUAAAUCCUCAAAACAAUAAAUGGUACCCGUUGGCCAGCCUGCCUUUCUACGAUCGGGAGUUUUUCAGUGUAGUCAGCGCUGGAGACAACAUCUAUCUUUCAGGUGGCAUGGAGUCUGGUGUCACGCUGUCUGAUGUCUGGUGUUACAUGUCCUUACUUGAUAACUGGAAUCUCGUAUCCCGAAUGACAGUCCCAAGGUGUCGGCACAACAGCCUGGUGUACGAUGGGAAAAUUUAUACCAUUGGAGGUGUUGGUGUGGCAGGCAAUGUUGAUCAUGUGGAAAGGUAA